AGCUUGUCAUCCUCUGGAGCAGGCCUCGCUGAAACGUUAGCGCGUAUUUGCUGAGGUGUCACGUGACCGGGUCGUCAUCUGCCGUGUUAGCAUCGUUUAGCACCUGUGCUCUCCCGUGUUUUUGUGGACGUAGAGCUUUUAGCCUUUGCUUUGCCCCGUGUAGCGUUUUAGCUCGCAUCCGUUCCCAUAGUAACCUUGGCUCCGUAGAGAUGACAUUGACAGUUAAUCUGGACAUUUCCGUAUUGACAGUGACGUAUUGAUCGAUCGUGUGCCACGGCUGGGUUUCAGGACCGCAUGGCCACACGUUAUCAUUAAACAUCUCCAGGUUGUGGUAAAGUCAACAUGUGAAUCAGCUCUCAGUAAAACAAGCUGCAGGUUCUGUUUAGACCCAGAUGUUAAAGCAACAAAAACUGCUGUGAUCAGUAUUGUGAGCAGCAGGACUGGUGUUUUUACUGCACAGGUCAAAGGUUUAUCAUAGUGCUUUAAUGCAGAUUUUAAACAUCGAGCUGUAUUUUAAUGUUUGAGUUUGUUGGUUAACUUGAGAAACAGUUGUGUUUUGUGUCUGCAGAACCACUCAUAACUCCGAUUUAAUGUCACCUGUGUGUUUGUUUCUCUCACCUGUGGCCAUGCGCUACGAUAUUGCAUGGGGAGUGUCUUUCUGGUUGUUGUAAUGGGAAAUCAGCCAUAACAAUAUUGCUCAGCAGUCUCAGGUCUUGAGAUUGAGUGGAUGAAAACGAAAAGCUGCACAGCCAUUGAGUUGAGUGAUAAUUCCCCACAUGCUCCCUUUUGCCACUACACGCCCAUGUGUCCAAUGACUGGACUCCCCCAACGUCCCAACUUUCUCCUGUCUGUUGCGAUUCCUGAAGCGCGGACCCCUUACGUGUUAAACUUCAGCAAAGAAAGUUUGCAGCCUUCAACAAAUACUCACACUUACAAUUAAUCUGCCCAGUGAUCGCAUCCUGCCUGUGAGGAACAUGUCCUUUCUCCAAAUGGAAAAGUAAUUGCAGUCUUCGCCACCUAUACUCCCACAUAAUAGCAUUUAGACCCUGUAAUUUUGUUUUCACUCUUCCUCAUGUCUCCAUCUAUGUUAAGUGUAGCAAUUACACUGGAAAUUGCUGCUAACUACAGUACAUGUGGUUUAUAGGAUGGACGGUUUCUUUUCUUGGUUAAAGCACAAAGGAAACAAGGGUGAUACAUUUGUAUUGUUCCAGAUUCCUCUCCUCAUUUGUUUUGCGCUCAUGCUUCGAGUUUGGUUUCUUUUGGAGUUUCAGAGGUGAUGUAUAACACUGAUGCUACUGCUGUAUAUGACCGUGAUGGUUUCAAAUGUAUCUGCCGAGCUACAGUAUGUGUCACUGAGACCUCUGCGUCUGUCCCCGUGUAAUGAACCCAGCUUAUGAUGCUCACAGCAUUUGUGAGUGACAUUUAAACUUCUGAAAAGCAACAUUUCUUUCCAUAAACCCCGUUGUUUGGGAAAAUUGUGUCUCCUGUAUAGAUUCUGUGUCGGGGAGACAUCAGAGAGCUCAGAUGACGAUAUAUCGGCAUUUUCAAGUGUAACCAGACUGUGUGGUGCCUUAACUGUGGGGUAGGAGAUGUUUAACGCUUUCUCAACCCUCUUUGUUGCUCUUAUAACUGCUACCGUUGAUUGAUUGCUGCCGCAGGACCUCCGGGCCUUUAGGACAAUCUCGUUUUUGCACCUCUAGUCUAUCUCUGUGGUUGGUUUCUCCACCCGUCUGUGACCUGGGGAUGAACGCACCGAUGAGGAGCCUCACAGGUAUGCCUGAUCGCAUGUUAUGUGCAGUGCUGGAGCAAUUUCAGCUUUACUUUUCCCUUUGUAAUAAUCCACCCAAUCAGACAAUAAGCGCUACUGCCACUGCCCAGACUUGGAUGCAGCCAGUGUUCCCCUCGGCGUCCUUUCCCCGUGGUCACCGCGCUGUCCGCCUCCCUCUCUCUGUCAGAUCCACUCUCUGUAUAGCACGGCAAGCCCCAGCAUGCUGAAGAGGAAGCAGAGCUCGCGGGUCGAGGCCCAGCCCAUGACCGACUUCGGGCCGGAUGAGACCCUGGCCGACAGCGCCGACAUCUUCUGGAUCAACAAACCGUGGGUGCACUCGCUGCUGCGGGCCUGCGCCAUAAUCAGUGUCAUCUCCGUGUGCAUGAACACCCCCAAGACGUUUGAGCAUUACCCCCCGCUGCAGUACGUGACGUUCACCCUGGACACGCUGCUCAUGUUCCUCUACACCGCUGAGAUGAUCGCCAAGAUGCACAUCAGAGGAAUCAUCAAGGGGGAUAACUCCUAUGUGAAAGAUCGCUGGUGUGUGUUCGAUGGAUUUAUGGUGUUUUUCAUCUGGGUGUCCUUGGUGCUGCAGGUGUUUGAAAUAGCCACGCUUGUGGAUCAGAUGUCUCCUUGGAGAAUGCUGAGAAUCCCCCGAGCACUCAUUAUGAUCCGGGCCUUCAGGAUCUACUUCCGCUUCGAGCUUCCUCGCUCCCGCAUCACCAACAUUCUGAAGCGGUCCGGGGAGCAGAUCUGGAGCGUCUCCAUCUUCCUGCUGUUUUUUCUUCUGCUCUAUGGAAUUCUGGGAGUCCAGAUGUUUGGAACGUUUAACUUUCACUGCGUCACUAACGAUACAGUGUCUGGUAAUGUGUCUUGGAACAGCUUGGCCAUCCCAGACACACACUGUUCCCCCGAUGGAGAAGGCUACCAGUGUCCUUAUGGCUUCAAGUGUGAGGACCUGCAGGAGAUGGGCCUGAGCCGACAGGAGCUGGGUUACAGCGGCUUUAAUGAACUAGGUACGAGCAUCUUCACUGUGUAUGAAGCUGCAUCCCAGGAGGGCUGGGUGUUCCUCAUGUACAGAGCCAUCGACAGCUUCCCUCGCUGGCGCUCCUACUUCUACUUCAUAACCCUCAUUUUCUUCUUGGCGUGGCUCGUCAAGAAUGUGUUCAUCGCAGUCAUCAUUGAGACCUUUGCUGAGAUCAGAGUGCAGUUUCAGCAGAUGUGGGGGUCGAGGAGCAGCACCACCUCUACUGCCACGACACAGAUGUUCCAUGAAGACGCUGCCGGGGGGUGGCAGCUCGUGGCGGUGGACGUCAACAAACCGCAUGGCCGAGCGCCCGCCUGCCUCCAGCAACUGAUGCGGUCCUCUGUUUUCCACAUGUUCAUCCUAAGCAUGGUCGCCGUGGACGUCAUCGUCGCUGCCAGCAACUAUUAUAAAGGCGAGAACUACCGCCGGCACUAUGAUGAGUUUUACCUGGCAGAGGUUGCUUUCACUGUCCUGUUCGAUCUGGAAGCUCUCCUGAAGAUCUGGUGCCUCGGCUUCACCGGCUACAUCAGCUCCUCUCUGCACAAGUUUGAGUCUCUGCUGGUGGUUGGCACCACGCUGCACAUCUACCCCGACCUCUACCACUCGCAGUUCACCUACUUUCAGGUGCUACGCGUGGUACGUCUCAUUAAGAUCUCGCCCGCCCUGGAGGACUUUGUGUACAAGAUAUUCGGGCCAGGUAAAAAACUGGGCAGCCUGGUGGUGUUCACGGCCAGCCUUCUCAUCGUCAUGUCGGCCAUCAGCCUGCAGAUGUUCUGCUUCGUGGAGGAGCUGGACCGCUUCACCACCUUCCCCAGGGCGUUCAUGUCCAUGUUCCAGAUCUUAACCCAGGAGGGCUGGGUAGACGUCAUGGACCAGACUCUGGUGGCUGUAGGUCAGGUGUGGGCUCCAGUCGUGGCCAUUUACUUCAUCCUCUACCAUCUGUUUGCUACCCUGAUUCUGCUCAGUCUUUUUGUGGCUGUUAUUCUGGACAAUCUGGAGCUGGAUGAAGACUUGAAGAAGCUCAAACAGCUCAAGCAAAGCGAAGCCAACGCUGACACCAAAGAGAAGCUCCCUCUGCGCCUCAGGAUCUUUGAAAAGUUCCCCAACAGACCUCAGAUGGUGAAGAUCUCCAAGCUCCCCUCAGAUUUCACCGUCCCCAGGAUCAGGGAGAGUUUCAUGAAGCAGUUCAUUGAUCGGCAGCAGCAGGACACCAGCUGUUUAUUCCGGCGUCUCCCCUCGGCCUCCUCCUCCUCCUGCGACCACUCCAAGCGCUCGGCCAUUGAAGACAACAAGUACAUUGACCAAAAGCUUCGCAGAUCAAUAUUUAGCAUCCGCGCUCGUAACCUCCUGGAAAAAGAAACUACUAUCAACAAAAUCCUGCGGGCUUGUACCAGGCAGCGCAUUCUGAGUGGCUCGUUCGAGGGCCAGCCGGCCAAGGAGCGCUCCAUCCUCAGCGUCCAGCAUCACAUACGGCAGGAGCGCAGAUCCCUGAGACAUGGCUCCACUAGUCAGAGGAUCAGCCGAGGGAAGUCACUGGAGACCCUCACUCAGGACCACUCCAGCACUGUGCGCUACCGGAACGCCCAGAGAGAGGACAGCGAGAUCAAGAUGAUCCAGGAGAAGAAAGAGCAGGCAGAGAUGAAGAGGAAGGUCCAGGAGGAGGAACUGAGAGAAAACCAUCCGUAUUUUGACAAGCCUCUCUUCAUCGUGGGUCGGGAACACCGCUUCAGGAACUUCUGCAGGAUGAUUGUGCGAGCGCGCUUCAAUGUGUCCAAAACUGACCCCAUAACAGGAGCAGUGAAGAACACCAAAUACCACCAGCUGUACGAUCUGCUCGGCCUGGUCACCUACCUGGACUGGGUGAUGAUCGUCGUGACCAUCUGCUCCUGCAUCUCCAUGAUGUUUGAAUCACCCUUCACCAGGGUCAUGCACGUCCCCACUCUGCAGAUCGCAGAGUACGUGUUUGUCAUCUUCAUGAGCAUCGAGCUGAACCUGAAGAUCAUGGCCGACGGGCUGUUCUUCACCCCCACAGCUGUCAUCAGAGACUUUGGAGGAGUCAUGGACAUCUUCAUUUAUCUUGUGAGCCUGAUCUUUCUGUGCUGGCUGCCUCCUGACGUCCCUCCUGAGUCCGGGGCUCAGCUGCUGAUGAUGCUGCGCUGCCUGCGUCCGCUCCGCAUCUUCAAACUGGUGCCCCAGAUGCGCAAGGUGGUGAGGGAGGUCCUCAAAGGAUUCAAAGAAAUCUUCCUGGUUUCCAUCCUCCUCCUCACUCUCAUGCUGGUGUUUGCGAGCUUCGGCGUUCAACUGUUUGCCGGGAAGCUCGCGAAGUGCAACGACCCCCGGAUGCUUAAACGGGAGGAUUGUCACGGUAUUUUCCGAAUAAAUGUCAGCGUUUCCAAAAACCUCAAUCUGAAGCUGAUGGCUGGAGAAAAGAAACCGGGUUUCUGGGUGCCAAGAGUCUGGGCCAACCCUCGUAAUUUCAACUUUGACAACGUAGGAAAUGCCAUGUUGGCCCUCUUCGAGGUGCUGUCGCUCAAAGGCUGGGUGGAGGUCCGAGACGUCAUCAUCCACCGCGUCGGCCCCAUCCACGGCAUCUACAUCCACGUCUUCGUGUUUCUGGGCUGCAUGAUCGGACUCACUCUGUUUGUUGGAGUCGUCAUUGCAAACUUCAACGAGAACAAGGGCACUGCUCUGCUGACUGUGGACCAAAGGCGAUGGGAGGACCUGAAGAGUCGGCUAAAAAUAGCCCAACCUCUGCACCUGCCCCCCCGCCCAGAGAACGGGGGCUUCAGGGCCAAGAUGUAUGACAUUACUCAACACCCCUUCUUCAAACGGGGCAUCGCUGUGCUGGUCUUGGCACAAUCUGUGCUGCUGUCAGUCAAGUGGGAAGUCAAAGGAGAUGUAGCGUAUCCCCUCGCCACCAUGUCCGUGGUCUUCACCUUCAUAUUUGUGCUGGAGGUGACCAUGAAGCUGAUAGCUAUGUCGCCGGCGGGAUACUGGCAGAGCCGACGCAACCGCUACGAUCUGUUAGUCACAUCGCUGGGUGUCAUCUGGAUCGUCCUGCACUUAUCCUUAGAGAAUGCGUAUACCUACAUGAUGGGCACAUGUGUGAUCGUCUUCAGAUUCUUCACAAUAUGUGGGAAGCAUGUGACGCUGAAGAUGCUGCUGCUGACGGUGGUCGUCAGCAUGUACAAAAGCUUCUUCAUCAUCGUGGGCAUGUUCCUCCUCCUCCUCUGCUACGCCUUCGCCGGCGUCGUCCUCUUCGGGACCGUCAAGUACGGCGAGAACAUCAACCGACAUGCCAACUUUUCUACCGCAGGGAGGGCCAUCACUGUCCUCUUCCGCAUCGUCACUGGGGAGGAUUGGAAUAAAAUAAUGCAUGACUGCAUGGUGCAGGCACCAUUUUGCACCCCAGAUAGACAUCGCUACUGGGAGACCGACUGUGGCAACUACGCUGGAGCUCUUAUCUACUUCUGCUCGUUUUAUGUCAUUAUUGCCUACAUCAUGCUCAACCUACUUGUAGCCAUUAUUGUGGAGAACUUUUCCCUCUUCUAUUCAACCGAGGAGGACCAGCUGCUGAGCUAUAAUGACCUGCGGCACUUCCAAAUCAUCUGGAACAUGGUGGAUGACAAACGGGAGGGGGUGAUCCCGACAUCCAGGGUGAAGUUCCUGCUCCGCCUGCUCAGAGGCAGGCUGGAGGUGGACCUGGACAAAGACAAGCUGCUCUUCAAGCACAUGUGCUACGAGAUGGAGCGCCUCCACAGCGGCGGCGACGUCACCUUCCACGACGUGCUCAGCAUGCUGUCGUACCGCUCGGUGGACAUCAGGAAGUCUCUCCAGCUGGAGGAGCUGUUGGCCCGGGAGCAGCUGGAGUACACCAUCGAAGAAGAGGUCGCCAAGCAGACCAUACGCAUGUGGCUGAAGAAGUGUCUGAAACGCAUCCGCGCGAAGCAGCAGCAGUCGUGUAGCAUCAUCCACAGCCUGAGGGAGAGCCAGCAGCAGGAACUGAGCCGCUUCCUCAACCCUCCCAGCAUCGAGACCACCGUGCCGAGCGAAGACCACAACGCCAACAACCCCGACAACCCCUCGCAGCCUGAGAUGAGCGGACUCCAGCAGCUGCUGAGCCCCACGCUGUCAGACAGAGGAGGCUACAGGCAGGACUCCUCAGACGCCGGGCGGCCGCAGAGGAAGCUGGGCCAGUGGCGGCUUCCUGCAGGUCGCACCAGCGUCAAGUCCAUCGUGUGCAAGAUGAACCCAGUCAACGACGAAGCCUCCUCCGGGUCGGAGGUGAAGAAGUGGUGGAUCCGUCAGCUGACGGUGGAGAGCGACGAGAGCGGCGACGACCUCAUCGACAUCUAGAGAGCAGCGGCGGCAGCAUCGUGCAGAGCUGGAGGCCCUGCUGCUCGAAUCAGGUGGUUUCAUCUCAACAGCUUUUUCUAUCCUGUUUGGUUUUUGUCCUAAUCCCGGUUCAGAACUGUUCAGAAAGGCUAAUACCUUUUGUGCACAAUCUAUCUGUAUGGUAUUUAUCGCAGUAGCCAUUUUGACAUGCAGUCAUGAUUUCACACCUCUGGGACGAGCGGGUUUCCUAUGAGGCUUCCUAUGCAGGCACGGGCGGGGACAGGAUUUACACGUACGAAGCAAACCAAGAGGCUGCUGUGUGUGUGUGUGUGUGUGUGUGUGUGUGUGUGUGUGUGUGUGUGUGUGUGUGUGUGUGUGUGUGUGUGUGUGUGUGUGUGUGUGUGUGUGUGUGUGUGUGUGUGUGUGUGUGUGUGUGUGCUAGUGUGUGUGCGUGCGCGUGUGUUUUCUACUGUUCUGCUGUUUCUCGUCAAUGUUCAAAAACACUACCUGUGUUGAUGCAGCUAUAAUACUUUGUCAUGUCGGUUCAUGUUGAUGCUUUGUCCGUGUUUCUCUGCGUUGAGUCCACGUUUCUGAUCAUGUCUAGUCUUCAGUAUUAAUCGUGAAUCAUUUAUCUCUUAUAGCCACUUUAUACUUCAGCUUCAGCCACUUCUUGUUCUGGUUGGCAGAAAAACUACUUUUAAAUUCAUGACAGUGAAUGUACUUGAAAGUCAUAUUUAUCUUAAUAUUAUUUACAAUAAAUCUUUAUCAGGUAUUGAGAUAUUCUAAUAAAGGCCUACACUGCGUAGGCGCCUAUGAGCAAA